CUGCGCGUGUCCCUUCUCGCUUGCCGUAGGUCAAUAAUCUCACUGUGCGGGUCAAAGUUUUGUGAAACUGGAGUUUUCUGCUUCAAACCACUUCUCCUCUGCACCAUGACUACUCGGAAUAUCACUCGAUUUUGGGAGUGGGGCAGGAAGAUAAUCUGCAUCGGGAGGAACUAUGCGGACCACGCCAAGGAGCUGAAAAACGCGAUUCCCACAGAGCCCGUGGUCUUCCUGAAGCCCCCCUCUGCGUAUGUGAGGGAGGGCUCCCCGAUCCUCGUCCCUCUCUACACCAGCAACCUGCACCACGAGGUGGAGCUGGGGGUGGUCAUCGGGAAGGGGGGCACGUCCAUCCCGCAGGCCGCCGCUAUGGAGCAUGUGGCGGGUUACGCUCUGUGCCUGGACAUGACGGCCCGGGACAUCCAGGACGAGUGCAAGUCCAAAGGUCUGCCCUGGACCAUGGCCAAGGCUUUCAACACCUCCUGCCCCGUCAGCGACUUCAUCCCCAAAGAGCGCAUCCCGGACCCGAGCAGCGUCAAACUGUGGCUGAAGGUCAACGACCACCUGCGGCAAAGCGGCUGCACGUCGCAGAUGAUCUUCUCCAUCCCGUAUCUCAUCAGCUACAUCAGCGACUUCAUCACCCUGGAGGAAGGGGACCUCAUCCUGACCGGGACCCCCAAGGGGGUGUCCUCCGUGCAGGAGCACGACGAGCUGCAGGCCGGGAUCGAGGAUGUGAUCACCAUGAACUUUAAAGUGGACAGGCAGGAGUGACACGUGCGACAAGUGACACAAGAAGAAAGUGUGUGAGGGUCGUUCAGUCUGAGUCCCUCUGCAGGUCAGCAGGUGGCAGUGCUCCACCACGAGGAGCCGCCUCCAUUCACGGCCAUCAUCUCCAUCUGGAACAGACUUAGCGCUUUAAUUUCGUUGCAUUCUCAGGGGAACAACACUACUAGUAAUUUUCUUGAUGAACUGUUUCAAAGACGUAUCAAACUAUUAAUAAAAGAUGCAAAAAAAUCUGUAGCCGGGAUCCAUGUGAAAUGUGAGUUGAGCUGUGAGAGCGUUUGAUAAUCAAGUUUAUACCACACAAAUCUGAUGUGUUUCAGACAAUGGAUUGCACUUUUGUCUCCACUGAUUCAUUUCUUUGCCAAUUCCUCGUGCAAGUAAAUCAAUGGGUGUGCAACAAACACACUAGACCACACAAAAUAUUAUUCUCACACUAUUUUGGCACCAGAUUGCUGUAAAGUUUCACGCUGUUAGUUAAAGUCACAAAGUUAUAUAACACUUUUCCAGGGUAGUCAAUGACUGUGACAACAACUGUGUCACUUUAGGUCAUUUUGAGUUUGGAUGAUAUAUGAAGUAAAUAAUCAAAUAGUAAAUAAAACGUGGAAUCAGGAGUCAGUUCAGUCUGGCACUGGGAUAUUAUUAUUAAUGCAGUAAAUGAGUAGAGUCUUAAUAAUGCAGCUUGUCAAAGCAUUAAUUAUGCCCCUGUUCAUAUUAGAAAAUGUGUCACUUUCCUCUUAAAUUGUGAAAUUAUUGGUUUAAAAUCUUAUAAAUAAAUGAACAAGGGCAAAGUCUUUGAUGUAC